UCGGGUUGAGAUUUUUAACUUUUUUCUAUCCAGAGAGUUAAGAUCAAAAUAAAAAUCCAAGGAGUAAGGUUUCUGGCUGUAUUCAUUAUGCAUUUGCCCCACCCGGAAGCCAAAUUUUAAAAUCCACUUUUUUGCAAUAUUGGAUUCCUAAACUCCAUCCGCGCCUCCCAAAAGGAUCUCCCGAGGAUUGGCUGCGAAUUAGAUCAGGAAUUAAACAAUAGAAGACAUGAGCUAUUGGAGCAGACAGACUGCGCUUCUAGGGCACACUGUGUUCUAUUCAAUAAAAUUUAUGAUUUCUCAGCCUUGGAAAAGUUUUCUGGACUUCAACUCCCAGAAUCCCCCACCCAACAUCUGGCUGGGGAAUUUUGGGAGUUGAAGUCCACAUAUCUUAAAUUGCCAGUUUUGUGAUAUGCUGGUGUGAUUCCUUGCAACUGGGACAUAUUUGUCAUGUCUCCUCUCUUUAUAGAUUUGUUUUAUCCCACCUUUAUUAUAUUUAUAAACAAUUCAAGGUAGUGAAGCUGCAUAACAUUUCUUCCUCCUCCUAUUUUUCCCACAACCACUGAGCUGAGAGAGAAAGAGGGAUCGGGCUAAAGUUUCCGAGCCAGUUUUCAUGCCUAAAGCCGGACUUAUUAAGUAUUAUUAACAAUUAAUACUUAAUAAAGCAGUUUCUUUCCAUCCCUGUAAAUGAAACCAACCUCCGCCAUCAAUGACCUGCAUUCCAAUAAAUGCUCAGCUUGAAAAAAAUAAUUCUUUUUAAAGGUUUAAAGUUUCAUCAGUAACAGAUUGAGGAAGGAGAGAUGGAAUAUAUUAAAUAAAUCAAAUUCCCCUAAAGUCACACUUAUGGAAAGAAGAAGGAAAAUCUUCAAGCCACCCUGAAUCACCGCUGGGAAGAUCCCUCUCUUCCAAACGGACAGACAAAAUGCGACACGGUGGGGGUAGCAAUCCAGAAUUCGAUCCAGGAGAGGCAUCGGUUGGAAGAGGAGAAAAGAGAGGAUUCUCUCUUCCGAAUGGAAAACUUCUCCCUCUCGCCCUUCCUGACCCCUUCCACUCGGGAGCCCGAGAAGCUCACUCCUUCAGCCCCGGAUCCCUCCCAGGGCAUCGAAAGGAUCCUGUAUCUUCUCUCCAUCGCGGUCUACGGGCUGGCCUGUCUCCUUGGCGUGACCGGGAACGGCCUGGUCAUCUGGAUCGCCGGCUUCAAGAUGGAAAAGACGGUGAACGUGGUGUGGUUCCUCAACCUGGCGCUGGCCGACUUCGUCUUCACCUUCUUCCUGCCGCUGAGCAUCACCUACACGGCGCUGGGAUUCCACUGGCCCUUCGGACGUUUCCUCUGCAAGCUCAACAGCAGCCUGGCCUUCCUCAAUAUGUUCGCCAGCGUCUUCCUCUUGACUGUCAUCAGCCUGGACCGCUGCCUCUUGGUGGUCCUGCCGGUGUGGUCCAGGAAUCACCGGACACCCCGGCUGGCCUGGGCCAUCGCGCUGGUGACCUGGGGGGCCGCCUUGCUCAUCAGCUCCCCGUAUUUCCUCUUCCGAGACACGGCCCUGAGUGCGAGGAACGUCACCAGCUGCUACAACAACUUUGCCCUCUCCAGCAACUACACCAGCGAGGAAAGCCGGAGCCUGUGGAGGAAAAGGCACAGAGCCAUGAUCCUGGCCAGGUUCGUCUUUGGCUUCCUCCUGCCCUUCACGGUGAUCGCCGUCUGUCAUGGUGUGGUGGCUUUCCAGGUGCAGCGCAGGCGCCUUGCCAAGUCGCCCAAGCCUUUGCGGAUCAUCGCGGCCGUGACGGCCUGCUUCUUCCUCUGCUACUCGCCCUACCACGUCCUCUCCCUGCUGGAGAUGUCCAAGACCUCUGGCAGCCCGGCGGUCAAGAGGGCGCUGCACCUGGGCGUCCCGCUGGCAUCCAGCCUGGCCUUCUUCAACAGCUGCCUCAACCCGCUUCUCUACGUCUUCGUGGGGCAGAAGAGCUUCCGGCGGUCCGUGCGGGAGGCUUUUGAGGGGGCCUUCGGGGAGGACGCCCUCCUGUCCUUGUCCAGCAAGAGGAAGUCCCGGGCUGCCUCCCAAACAGAGAUCCGGAUGGCUUAGCUGAGAAAGCAGGUUUAAGAGAUGAUGUGGAUGAAGAAGGAAGGGGCCGCUUUGGUUUCUGUUUUGUACUUUAGGGUCUGGCAAUGGCCAACUGGACCCAGUUGUUCUUGGGGGUCAAAGAUCUGAAUUGACCAG